AUGCCUGGACUUCAACAUGUCCUGGUCAACACUGCACUCGUGAACUAUCAACUUGUGAGGCGCUGGAAAACUGAAGACAGUCGCUCAGCUUACGACAGCAGCAGCAGCAAGAUCCUUGCACGCCAAGACGUUGAAGAUAGCGAAUACGUCAUUACGCUUCGAUACAGCGGGCGUUCGUUACGCAUGCCCGCAUUUAGUACUGAGCAAGGCAAAACGGGCGUUGGCGGAACUGUAAGAGACAAUCGCGGUGUCGUUUCCAACGGCCUGAUGACUUCCUUGAAGACCUAA